CCUGCACAGAUCACCACAGUUCAGGGCUCGAGGAGGCAGAGAGGUGGGAUGGUCAACCGAGCUAAAAUCCAGGACUGCGCCACUGAAAGCCCAGAAGAUGACAGCUCUGCUGGACUCGGUUGCUGUGGCUGGCUUUUGGUCCUCUUCUCAUUAUUGAUCACAUUAUUGACAUUCCCCGUCUCCAUAUUCAUGUGCAUAAAGAUUGUUCAGGAGUACGAACGUGCAGUUAUUUUCAGACUGGGCCGCAUCAUUGACAAGAAGGCCAAAGGACCAGGAAUCUUCUUUGUGCUUCCAUGCACAGACAGUUUUGUUAAAGUGGAUUUGAGAACAGUGUCCUUUAAUAUCCCUCCACAAGAGAUACUGACUAAGGAUUCGGUGACCGUGUCCGUCGAUGGAGUGGUGUACUUCCGGGUGGAGUGCCCUGUCUCCUCCGUAGCCAAUGUGUCCAACGCAGAUUCCUCCACGCGCCUGCUUGCUCAGACCACCUUGAGGAACGUUCUGGGCACCAAGAACCUGGCCGAGCUGCUGUCAGACCGAGAGGGAAUCUCGCACAGCAUGCAGGCAACCCUGGAUGACGCUACAAACCAUUGGGGCAUCAAGGUGGAGCGUGUGGAGAUCAAGGACGUCAAACUGCCCCAACAGCUUCAGAGAGCCAUGGCGGCAGAAGCAGAGGCCAGUCGGGAGGCCCGGGCAAAGGUGAUCGCUGCAGAGGGAGAGAUGAACGCAUCACGGGCACUGAAGGAGGCCUCGCUGAUCAUCUCAGAGUCCCCCGCUGCUCUGCAGCUGCGCUACCUGCAGACACUAAGCCACAUUGCGGCAGAGAAUAACUCCACUGUCAUCUUCCCGCUACCCAUAGAGCUCCUGCAGCAGUUCUUGCAAAGGAAGUGACCCCUUGAUUCAUUACUGCUUUAUCCAAGGAUUUUACACAACAUAAACAGUGUAUGAACGAAGGGGCUUCUUCUCAAGUUAGUGGUAAAAGUUAUUUUAGAUGUUCGAAAUAAGAGCAGCAGUGCAUCCGGUGUAAGAAGUGUGGGAGUAGCCGGAAAGAGUGCGAAAGAGUUAGUUGACCAAGAGCCUCACUGAGGUUCUACAAGGUGACUGAAGGUCAGCUCUUGAAUUUUACCUUUCAGAGGCUGCGGCUUGACACAGCUCGGUUGGAAUUUACACUGUAAUCAUUCUACGGAACUGGGAGAAGAUUUUCUUGAAAUGUAGCUUUUUUAUUGUACACAAACUAAGUUUCAAAUAAAAAUUUAGAAAGGUCAGUUUUGAAAGACAGUAUGAUGCAUGUAGUAAACCACUCAACAGAGUUAGAUGGCACCAUACGUAUUCUAUAUUCAGUAUUUCAAAAUAUAUCUCAUUGAAAAACCUUUUGCCCUCUUAUAAUACGGUAACAGGACGUGAACUUGACUGGAACACUAAGGAUAUGAUUAUCCAACGCAGCACUGAAAAUUUAACUUCUCAUAUGCUGCCGAAAAUACAAAAAUGUUUUUUUUUCCACAGCAUAUAAACUUAUAAAUGUGCAGACACUGCCUUCGGGUAACAGUGUUACUUGACUAUUUUCUAUCCAACAUUGUACGGUGGGAGGACAGCCCUAUUCCCCGAUUCCACCUGCAGAGCUCACUGUGUACGAUGUCACCUGUCAAAAGAACAGGACAACUUGCCUUCACAAGCAGAAGACAUAGCAUGUGUGACGUAAACAUUUGAACAGAUGGCCGCAUUUUCUUAAUAUUUACAAAUAAUGGUUUGUACUAUACAGCAUCACACACUGAAGGUGUUGCUAUGCA